GGAGGGAGCAGGGGCUGAGCUGAUCCCACGUGUGACGCUUUCAUUCCCGGCUCAGUAAUAUUCUCAUAGCGGGGCUUUGCAUAUCUCCUGCCCUAUCUGUGUGUGUCUGUCACUGUUACUGUAGUCCCAGCCUCUAUAGUUUGGAAUAGAUAUGGAAGGAGACGGGAGUCAAGCCACGUCCGGAAGCCUAAAUGAUUCACAACAUGACCCGGGUAAAAUGUUUAUCGGUGGCCUCAGCUGGCAAACCUCACCAGACAGCCUUAGAGACUAUUUUAGUAAAUUCGGAGAAAUAAGAGAAUGUAUGGUGAUGAGAGACCCCACGACAAAACGUUCAAGAGGAUUUGGGUUUGUUACGUUUACAGAUGCUGCCAGUGUAGAUAAAGUCUUAGCUCAACAGCACCAUGAAUUAGACUCAAAGACGAUUGAUCCUAAGGUUGCCUUUCCCCGUCGCGCCCAGCCUAAGAUGGUCACAAGAACAAAGAAAAUAUUUGUGGGUGGCUUGUCGGCCAACACGGUAGUGGAAGAUGUGAAGCAGUAUUUUGAACAGUUCGGGAAGGUUGACGACGCCAUGCUUAUGUUUGAUAAGACUACGAACAGACAUAGAGGAUUUGGUUUCAUAACUUUUGAGAGUGAAGACAUCGUAGAGAAAGUCUGUGAAAUUCAUUUUCAUGAAAUCAAUAACAAAAUGGUAGAAUGUAAGAAGGCCCAGCCCAAGGAGGUGAUGUUCCCGCCAGGUACGCGAGGGCGAGCCCGGGGUCUGCCCUACACCAUGGAUGCCUUCAUGCUGGGGAUGGGCAUGCUGAGUUACCCUAACAUCGUGGCAACGUAUGGCCGCGGAUACACUGGAUUUGCACCCAGCUACAGCUACCAGUUCCCCGGCUUCCCAGCGACGGCAUACGGACCGGUGGCGGCGGCGGCGGUAGCAGCAGCGCGUGGCUCAGGUAGGGGGGCCCGUGGAAGAGGCGGCUACUUGGCGUACCCACAGAGCACAGGGCCAGGCCUCCCCGAUUAUGGGUUUUACUCUGCGCCCAGUGACCAGAGGGGGGGGCCCUGCUCCUUUGCUGACUAUGGCUCCCUGGGGCCCCAGGCGGCUCAGAUGCUGCACAGUGAGCAUGCCACCUCCGCCUGCAACUCCCCCCUACAGCACCUACACAGCCCGGAUCAGUUUAAGAACCCAGGCACCAACCCGUCGAGGCCCGGCGGUUUCCCCGGCGCUAACAGUCCAGGGCCUGUGGCUGACCUGUACGGACCUAGCAACCAGGAUUCAGCCGUGGGGAACUACAUCAGCGCUGCUAGUCCUCAGCCCGGCUCUGGGUUCGGACCCAGCAUUACUGGCCCGUUGAUUGCGACAGCUUUUACAAACGGAUACCAUUGAACAGGUGGCCGGUUGCUAUCUCAUCAGAGGUAUUGCCUUUUAUUUACUGUGCUUUUCUCUAAAGUAUUGCCUUGAUGUGUGCUCAUCACAUUCCUCGCCGUUUUUCACCACCUCUGUGUCAAAAUGCUGGAGCUGGUGGUACAGGUGUGUGUGAGAGAGGGAGCGUUUCUCUCUUUUUUAAAAGCAAAAAAAACAUCCACAUUCAAGUAAAAAAAAAAAAAAAAAGAAGCAAUCUCGGCUGAUUUGUGUGAUUAACUGAGUCGCUCAGRUCCCACACACUGACAUACUAUCAGCUCUUCAUUUUUUCUUCUUCUCAUCUUAACUUUUGAAAUGCCUUCAUCCUCCAGUAGUGUCUUGUUUUAGCCAAUCAUAUGUCAACAACUCAAUAAGUCAACACCCUGUUGCUACAGAAGCRAAAGCGGCAGCGCAUUUUCUUCAUUAUAUAAAAAAAGCAGCUCUCAAARUCCUUUCUCUAACAAGKGCCCUAACAAUUAUUUCUCUCCUAUCAACCAUUUUGCUUAAAUUGUUACUUGUUUGUGCAAUGAAAUUGUCAGGAUUUAUGAUUCCAGAAAAAGAAAAUAAUUCUAUUUCCCUGCAGCUAUUUUUGCAGAUGUAAUGCCUGACAUACCCAGAGCUCCUUUGUGCUAUGUUGUGAUGUGUUAAUUUUCAUUUAAAAAGCCCCUUUGGCUUUGUUUUACGCAACAGUGGGAUGUAAUUUUA